UAUAUUUAAAAUGUCUGACUUAUUGAACCCUGCUUGUCACUGUCUUAGUAUUUGUAACGCUUGCAUUAAAACUUCUCAGCUUCUCUGUACACAUGUUUGGAUGACUAUAGCCAUUGUGAUGCUUGUCUGUUGUCAGCUUGUUUCCUUCUGUAGUUUUUGUGACUGUCAUUUCAGUGUUAAAACCAUAACAGAAAUCUUUCCUUGUGUGCCUGCAUGCGUGUCCAGGCGUGUGUUGGUCGUGGGUGUGGUUCUAGGUUUGCUGAGUUUGGUUAUGAUCUCCUUGCCACUGACUGAGACGGAGACAAGCAAACCUGUGGAGGGGAUUGUCGACCCGAACCAUAAAAUGCUGGUGCAUGAAUAUGUGCACAAAGUUCUGGAGGGUCCAUGUCGUCCCAGCGGCGCCAGGCAGAGCUUGUUUACUCAACUCCCUGCUUCCAGUCAUGUGGUCCAGCCCUUCCUGUGGAAGGACAAGCCGCUGCCUAAAGACCUUUCCCUGUAUCCACCGCCAUUUGGAUUAAAAGGGCUCGAGAGCAAAGUAGAGAACCUGCUAAAGCUGUUUUCUGAUGAACCACAACCAGAGACGACAUCAGGUACAUGUCAGCGCUGUUUGGUCAUCGGAAAUGGAGGCAUUCUCAGAGGCCUGGAGCUGGGCUCCGAGUUUGACCGGUUUGACACCAUUAUCAGGUUAAACAGUGGCCCCCUGGGAGAGUUCAGUGUCGACGUUGGAAAUCGAACCAGCAUCAGGAUGAGCUACCCAGAGGGCACACCGCUGCACUGGGUCGACACAGACCCACAAACUCUGUUUGUAGCUGUGGUGUAUAAACGUGUAGACAUCAACUGGAUCUCUGCUAUGAUCAGCAAGCUCACUGUGUCUCUGUGGGACUGGAUCUUCUUCUGGCAGAAGGUUCCGGAUCAAAUCCCUCUUGAGCCCUCCAGGUUCAGACUUCUAAACCCGCAUGUCAUCAGGCAGACUGCCUUGGACCUCCUGAAGUACCCUCCACCCACACCACGCCUGUGGGGCUGGGACCAGAACGUGCCUACCCUUGGUGUCUCCGCACUGAACUUAGCCAGUCUGCUGUGCGACGAGGUCAGCCUGGCAGGGUUCGGCUACAACCUCUCCCAGCAGGGGGCGCCACUACACUACUACGACCACCUGCCCAUGAGCGCCAUGCUGCAGCAGAAGAUGCACAACGUGGACAAAGAGACUCAACUGCUGCAAAGCCUCGUCAAAGCGGGAACCAUCACUGACCUGACGGGGGGGAUCCACUGCUCCUUCUGCAAGAGCUGACCUCCCAGGCUGUUUCCUGCAAAGCACUGACUUGGUUUUUUUGUGUGUAUUAAGAGCAGAAUACACGUAAAGCAGGAAAAAUACUUGGACCAGAGGACUCACAAACACUCAGUAGAAAGGGUUAAAACCAGUGAGGCGCACAACGGCUGAAAGGAACCUAGUCGUAUAUCUACUAUUUGUCACAAAGUGCUUCUUGGAGGAAAUAAGGACGUAGAAAUACUCAGCUUUACAUGUCUUUCAGUACUUAAAUAUUCUUUUGCUUUCAAGUUUCAUUCAUUAACCCUCAGACUUGACCAACCAGUUAUUAGGUUUCUUUACAAACACACAUGGAAAUGCAGAAUUAUCAUCUCCAGUGAUGUCGAUCCAUAUCAGCAGGUAUGUAUUAGUCCAGGUGUUGAAUAUAUCACAAGGGUUUGAAAAGUUUAAACCCCAACCAGCAGCUCCUGUUGAUAGUCAAACACACACACAGCUUUAAUUGGUCAUAUUGGUUGUCUAUCGUGGUAGUUCUACUGGAACUACGAGUUGAACCUGGAGUGUGAGAAUAUUACUACUGAGCAGACUGCACUGAGCCAAACCGUUUCUCCGACUGAUGUUUUCAAUCUGAAUGACCAACGAUCAGUUAGUAAGUUAAAUGUGUUACAGGAGAUCUUCAGUAAGUAUGUUAUUUAUUUAUGUGGAACAACUUGGAUCUGUAUUUAAAGUCACAUAGGAUGUAAAAAAUACUUUAAAAAAUGUAUUAAUCUGCACAAGAUGUCCACGAUGCUCUCACAGACACGUUUGAAGCAGGCUUCAAAUAGUUGAGGAAAACAAGUUUCUUCCAGUUUCAUUUGUUUUGUUUGUUGAAUAUUGUGGCUGACGAUAGUAUUCAUCAGCACAUCCAGAUCAUUCCGUGUUAAAUCUCAUCUGAUGUGCCAGAUGUGCGUCGCCUAAAGCUUAGCAGGGAUUCUCUCAUGAUUGUGAUUUCGCUAAUCGUGACUGAAUCCAGCUGCCUUGCAAUGUAAUUGUCAAUUAGCAACACAGUUUUGCAGAUUCUUUUGUUGCCGUCUGUUGUUUUGUUGUUGUUUUUUUUUACAGCAUUUUUUGUGCCACUUUAGUUUUUUUGUUGUUGUUUUUUUGCAGAAUGGCUUCUCCAUGAAUGUUAUUUAUUACUUUUUGUAUUGUUUCUAGAUCAUUCAUAUUAUUGUCAUUGUAAUACAGUUAAUCGCACAUCACGCACACACACUUGUUAAAACAUUCAUGUAUUUGGGCUCCAUUUCUCAAGCCGGAGCUCCUCAUGAGAGGAGAAAUGACUCUUAUGUUCUGUUUUUAUCAAAGUGUUUCAUAGCCAACACAGCUGAUAGCAAGACAAGAUGUAAAAGGUUAUUAAUGGUCAUUUAUCCAGUUCAGAUGUGCAUUUGACAGCAUUCUCCGAGGAGUUUAAGGACAGUUGGUCCUGAUUAAAUGUGUACAUGUGACCUCCAGGAGAUUAAUAUCAUCUCUGCAUGAAAUAAAAAAACAUGAAAGUUG